AUGAGGACUUGGUUCGGUCGUGGCAAGAAACUGCAGCGUGCAGUAACAUCGUGCUGUCUCUGCGCUUUUGUUCUUUAUGGCUAUGACCAAGGUGUCUUUGGAGGCAUUCUUGAGAACGAGGAUUGGCUGCGACAGUUUAAUGAUCCUGGUGAUACUUUGACUGGCUUCAUCACCUCAAGCUAUAAUCUGGGCUGUUUGCUGGGAUGCUUUAAGAAUUUCUUUGUUGGUGAGAAACUUGGUAGACGAUGGACUAUUUGGGUAGCUAUGGGCUGGAUUCUCGUUGGAGCUGCGUUGCAAGCAACUUCUUUUACACGAGGACAUCUGAUUGUUGGAAGAAUCGUCACCGGUGUCGGCACUGGUCUCAAGACUUCUACAGUUCCCAUGGUACAAAGCGAGGCCGUCUCGUCUCUGCAGAAGUCAUGUUUCGUCGGUAUCGGCAUCGCCUUCGCAUACUGGUGGGACUUUGCCUUCAGCUUCGUCGGCGGGCCAUUCGCAUGGCGCUGGCCACUCGCCUUUCAAGCUGUUUUUGCAUUCUGGGUUAUCUUUGUGGUUUUUGGUGCCAUCGAAGUGCUGUCAGCGGUCUAUGAUAAGCCCACUGAUCAUCCUGACAUCCUGCGAGAGGUUGAGUCGAUCGAGGCGGCUUUGUCAAUCGAAGCUGAAGCGGAGGGAAGUACUUCUUGGGCUUCGACUUUUAGGAAGGAUAAAGUUAGCACGAGAUAUCGAGUCUUCCUUGCUUGGUUUGUGCAGUUUAUGAAUCAGGCUGGCGGUAUCAACCUGGUUGUUUACUACAUCUUAACUGUUCUGACUGCCAAGGUCGGACUUGAACACAGGCUCGCCCAAAUCAUCGCGGGGUGUAUCCAGCUCAUGUUUCCCAUCGGUUCUUUACUCCCUACUCUGGCUCUGGACAAGAUGGGUCGUCGAUCUACCAUGAUGUGGGGAUCUGCUGGACUAUCUUUCUCGAUGCUGAUGGUAGCCGCACUUCUAUCUCAGGCAGACGAUACGUCACGAGGUCGAGCAUUUGCUGCUGGAUCAGUAGCGUUCUUCUUCACCUACAUGCUCGUCUUCGGUGCGAGUAUGAAUUGUGUUCCGUGGGUUUACGUCCCCGAAAUUCUCCCUCUUCACGCUCGAACCAAAGGAACUGCCAUUGGCGUCAGUUCGAACUGGCUCUGGAACUUCACAGUAGUCAUGAUCACUCCCAUCCUCAUUAAUCGUCUUCAGUGGAAGGCAUAUCUCAUCUUUAUGGCCACCAACCUCAUUUUCGUGCCGAUCAUCUUUUUCUUGUAUCCUGAGACUUCGAACUUAGCUCUUGAAGAGGUUGAUUACAUUUUUGCUCGUGGCGAGAAUACUGUUCAAGUGGCUAGGGAGAUGCAGAAGGAACUUGCUCUUCAUGGACGUUUGGCGGAUGAUAGAUAUCCUGAGAAGGCGGCAAAGAUGGAAAGCAAGUCACAUGAGAGGAGUGAUGAAUUUAUGGAGCAUGUAAAUGCUUGA